AUGGCGCUCCAACCCCCCGAAAACGACACGGACUCGUGGAAUCCGGCGUUAUUGCCCGAGGACAGUCAAGGCACUUAUGCGAACGCCUUGCCCGAGGAUGGCUUAGCCAUUGCGCACGAUUCGAAAGAGACGGCUCUGACCGACGCGAAAUCGCCACAAAGCGACGAAGACUUCUCUGCUUGGGAUACGUCGGAUGAGAUAGGCACCGCACAGCCUCAAUACACAAGCGUGGAUGGCCUGGUGAACACCAUGUCACCAGGGGCGGACGCGGCCCCAUCUUCGGAUGUUCCUCCCAUCGAAACACAAUCAUCGGAUACCGUAACCCCUGUUGCAGCUGAAGCGGAAACUUUUUCGGAAUCAGCCUUCAUGAGAGAGGCAACCCCUUCUACGAAUAAGGAAACUGCCGAGUUUGUCCCUGAGUCGGUGUCUGCUGAAAGUAAUGACAACAAAGAGGAGACCUCCCUGGAGGAAAUUCCACCACCAAACGAAGCGCCUAAUGCGGCAUCCGAGGAUCCCUGGGGCUUGAUGGAGGCGGACAACGGUAAUGUGUUGUCCGGGGUCGCUCCUUCGACUGAAAUCCCUCUUCCGAGUUCUGAGCCUGCGAUCGCCGCUCAACGUGAAGAUUGUCAUGAACCGGCCUUUGUUGCGGACCCUGUAAUUCGAACCCACGAGCAGACCGUAGUUCCUGAGCCCACAUUUGAGGCGAGUGACGACGUCUUGCCCACCACCGAAAACCUGCCAUUGUCCGAGAAUCCGCAAACCAGCAUUCCAUCCGAGACUGUCGACCACCCAACCUCUGCCCCCAAUGACACCCAUUUGUCUCAACAGGCAGCCAACCCAGAGACUCCCACUGAUACUCAAAGUCCGUGGGCCCAGGACAUGAGCCGCGAUGUUGACUCCGAGGACGAUAGUUUCUUUAACCAACUCAACACUCAGACAAAGCCAAUCUUCUCUCCUCCGCAGGCAGAGUCGAGGUUUGAGGAAGGCCUUCCGUUAUUGGAUCAAUCGCCAGUCUCACCUGAACCCGUGCAGGUAGACAAACCAAUUGCGGACGUGUUUUCGAAUGAUGGCGACGGAGAGGAUUUCUUUGGUUCUUUGAGGUCUCAAGAGAACUCCCAAAAAACGCUCCAAGGAAACACCCAGGAAAGCUUCCAAGAGAACUUGGAAGAGAACCUCCAACAAAACUUCCAACAAACCCCUCAGGAAAGUCUUCUAGGAAGUCUCCAGGGAACCUCCCAGGACGACCCUCAUCUAACCAGGAAGAGCACGCCCCAGGUGCUGGAGUCGGUCGGAUUCGAUAUUGACUCUCCAGCCAGCGACGCCUCAGCAGCCGCUCAGUUUGAUGACAUUAUUAAGGCUGCAUCGUCUGAACCGCCAGCCCCAGCCGAACCUUCGGAGGAAGAGCUAGCCGCCAGGUGGGAAGCCGAGUUGGGUGAUUCACCAGAUGAUGAUCUGGCAGCUCGUUGGGAGGCGGCAUUAGAUGAUGACGAUAUACUGCUCGAAAACGAUUCUAUUCCGCCUGUCUCUGAAGCACCCACGGAACAAAUUCCAAUUCCACCGGUCAGCAAUGGAGUUCCGGCUGGCUUAAACAGUCCGUUCCAGACUCCUCAUACCUAUUCUCAACCAAGGCCUGUGCCUGGCGUAUAUACGCCUCAUCAACCAUCUACAGCGGAUCUUUUGCAAGGAAUGCCUGGGACUGCACCACCAAAUAGUACGGCUAUGCCGUCAUAUUUCUCCCAGCAGCCCCAGAACCCAGUGACAACCAGAGGAGAGAGUUUUGCUGAACGAUCAAAGGAGGGUUACAAGUCUCCCUACGACCUCCCAGACGACAUCUCUCGACCUCGAAAGCCCGUUGUCACUCAUCGACCUGUUCCUCCAACUGUGACCAGCAUGCCUCCGCCUCCGCCGCCGGCUGCUCCUGGUAUGCCGAUGCCAGCAGCAACUACUUUCCCGCCGACAGCUGCUCCGCCCGCCGCCGCGGCUCCUCCACCGGCUCCGAAAAAUUUCUAUGAGGAGCUCCCAUUGGCACCACCGAGGACUAGGCCUGCCAGCUCUGGGAGGUAUACUCCUAACCCGCAGGUGGCUCCAACGACUGGCCCAUCUCUUCCCCCGCCGUCCCAGUACGUCCCUUCUGCACCCGCAGUCCCACAGCCUGUCCCGCAGCCUAUCGCUACCCCAAUGCAAGCUUCCCUCCAACCCCCCGAACAGCUGGAUCCGUAUGCCAGCUUGGCCUCAAGUGCUCCUGCCGGUCCUCCUCCUGCGUCGCGGUAUUCGCCUCAGCCAGCCGGCCUGCAAGCGCCAUCGAAACCACCCUCGCUGCCGCGAUACUCCCCUGCGCCUCCUCCCAGCUCUUCCGCUCGCAAUCGUUACGCCUCUCAGCCAUUGAAUGUUCCUGGACAUGGUCUGCCCUUCCAACCACGAACUUCAAGUCCUCUCGCACACCAUGAAAAGGUAUCAUACGUUCCCGACCCAUCACAGAAGCCCCCGUCAUUGGAGCCCGCAAUCAAUCUUUCGCCGCCACGGCCUCAAAGUUCUGGGUUCGGGAAUGUGCCUCCUAGUGUUCCCCAGUACAUGAGUGGACCUGCCGGUGUAGCUCGCAGGGAAAGUGCAGGGUCAUCUGUUCAAGCGUCUCCCCCGCAAAGUCGCUAUGCUCCACAGGAGUACAUCAAUGAAUUCGCCCAACGCAUAGCCCCCCCUACAAACUAUACACCUGCUCCACCUGCUAUGACCACGCAGACCUCUCCGCCACCCAGUGACUUCCAGCCAGGUCCUCUUCAUAGGUCUCAGACGCAGUCACCGGGCCGGGCUAUGCUAAGCCCGCGUUCUUCCGUACAAACCAUUGAUACACUUCCACGCCCCGCUUCUGUGCAUGGAUCUGGUUCACCAACUAAAACUGUGAAUCCAUAUGCUGCUGUGCAAGCACCUUCGCAGACCCGCGCUGUGACUCAGCACCUUGAGUUCAUUGCUCCCAUAGACGGGCAGGAACACGAUUCUUUGGAGCGGUGGAAAGGUGCUCCAAUCUUCAAAUUUGGCUUUGGUGGCUCCGUGUUAUCUUCUUUUCCCAAGCACAUUCCCCGUUACUCUGCUGGCCAGGUGGCACCAAUGAUCAAACCCAGCCCCGGAGAAAUCAAGACCUCCCAGCUGAAUGAAUUCCUUCCUUCUACCGACACUAUUGUUCAGCACCCUGGACCUCUGAAGGCAAAGUCCAAGAAGAAGGAUUUGGUUGCCUGGCUUUCUAGCAAGAUUGCGGCCUUCGAAAACCUAGGUGUCCCGACUCACGAUCAGGUUCAUUCCGAUACACACAAGCGUCACGAGGAAAGGAUCCUGCUCUGGAAGGUCGUCAGGCUUCUGGUCGAGAAUGACGGUAAUCUGGAAGGUUCUGCGGAGGUUCAAAGGUCUCUCCGCCAGGCUAUUUUCCCUCACUUGGCGGCCCCUGAAGCCGAUGGGUCAUAUGGUAGUGCCUUUGCUGCUUCGGCUGGCUUUUCACCCAUGGAACUUUCCUCGCAGCCUGAUGCUGUUGACUCUCAGUCCUUGGAAGAGCUUCGCUCCAGCUUGAUUGCUGGUGACCGGGAAAAGGCCGUCUGGGGCGCAGUUGAUCGCCGUUUAUGGGGUCAUGCGAUGAUCAUUGCAUCCACUAUGGACAAGUCGAUCUGGAAACAGGUCACGCAGGAGUUUGUCCGGCGGGAGGUUAGGUCCAAAGCCGGCAACACCGAAUCACUGGCGGCCCUGUACGAGAUCUUCGCUGGCAACAUUGAAGAAAGCAUCGACGAGCUGGUGCCUCCAUCUGCCCGGGCAGGCCUGCAGUUGAUCAGCAAAGCCGAUGGUCAUAGCUCUACCAAGAAUGUCCUGGAGGGUUUGGACAAGUGGAAGGAUACUCUGGGAUUGGUGCUGAGCAACCGCAGCUCCGAGGACCAUCAAGCUCUCCUUGCCCUUGGUCGUCUGCUUACAUCUUAUGGACGAACAGAAGCCGCUCAUGUUUGUUUCAUCUUCUCGCGGGCUGCGGUGUUUGGUGGACCGGAUGACCCUCAAGCAAACAUCGUUCUGCUUGGCGCUGAUCACCAGCGUUGUGCCUCGUCCCUUAUGGAUGAAGAUGCUAUCUUGCUGACCGAGGCAUACGAGUAUGCUACCUCCGUUCUUAGCAACUCUCCUCUAGCGAGUUUCCCACAUCUAUUGGCAUUCAAGAUGCUGAAUGCCAGAUGUCUCGUCGAUCGGGGCCGUAACUCUGAGGCUCAGAGCUACUGUGAUGCAGUCGCAGCAGCGUUGAAGGCAACCACCAGGCCCUCCCCAUACCAUCAUAACCGUCUCUACGCGGAGGUGGAAGAGCUAUCCAUGCGCCUCCGUCAAACUAGCAGUGACAAUGGUUCCUGGAUCUCUAGACCCAGCAUGGAAAAGGUGUCUGGGUCCAUGUGGGCACGUUUCAAUAGCUUUGUUGCAGGUGAUGAAAGUGAUGCUGCCUCGACUGGAUCUGGAAAGGCCGGCGAAGCAACGGAUUUCGGGCCAUUUGCCAACGUGGCUGGAACACCCACCAUCAGCCGUUCCCCAUCUGUGUCUGACAUCUACGGCUCCUAUCCCGGAGCAGGCGCCCAGCCUAUUCCUACGGGUGGCGGCUCGAAGUAUCACCCGUCCAGUCAGAGUCAAUAUGCCCCCAACGCAUCGCCGGAGCAAUUCAAAGGUCGGUCUUCGAUGGACUCGCAACGAUCGAAUCCCUAUUUCCCGCCUGCGGGACGUCGAACCUCCCAGGAAUUCUCGCCAUCGCUUGAUUCGCAGAUGUCUCAAGGGCCUGUAUAUGUAUCCCCAAAUAUGUCUGGAUAUCAGCCGACCCCGCCUCAGUCGUCCUACGUUCCUCUCGCUCCGGUGGAGGAGGCUUUGUCCCCUGCUGAGGCUGCUCCAGUCACCCAACCCGUGGUAAAUGGCCUAUUCUAUCAGCCCCCAGGUCAUGCAGGUGGUUCGGCCAGUGAAUCCCCCUACUACCAAGGGCCUCCUGGUAUGCCAGACUCAGAGUCACCUUACGCACCCCCCGUUGCAAGUUCAUCCUAUGAGCCGCUGGGUGGUCCCAUGGACAUGAGCUCUCUCCAGACGGAGGACCAGAUGGCUCCUGGGGAACAGCCAAAGCAGAAAGCAUUCAUGGACGAUGACGAUGACGAUGAUCUCGCUGCGCGGGCAGCAGCUAUGCAGAAGGCGGAGAAUGAUCGCAAGGCAAAUGAAGCUUUCCAGAAGGCAGCGGAGGAAGAUGCUAAACGAGAUGCUGCCCAGCAGUCCGGCAAGAAGGGAUGGUUCGGCGGUUGGUUCGGCGGCGGCAAAAAGGAGGAAGCCCAAACUGGUGGUCCGAUCAAGGCCAAACUUGGCGAGGAGAGCUCCUUCUACUACGACAAGGACUUGAAGAAAUGGGUCAACAAGAAAGAUCCCAACAGCAGCGCCCCAGUCCGUGCCACACCCCCUCCUCCGCGAGGCUCGGCCCCUCCCAGUCGGACCGCUAGCUCGGGCAGUAUGCCGCCAAACGGUGCUCCGAUGGCCGCUGGCAGCAGACCCCCCUCCUCCUCGAGUGCCGCCCCGCCUCCGUUCUCUUCAAGCCCAGGUAUCUCUGGACUUGCAGCCCCUCCCCUGCCUCGCUCUGUGUCUACCGGAGCGGCGGUGCCAACACCGCCAGGUAGUUCUAGUGGACCACCUCCACGACCUUCAUCCUCCCUGACUCAUGCCAGCUCGAUCGAUGAUCUGCUCGGUGCGCCCACAGCCCGCAAGGGCAACACGGUCCGCGGCAAGAAGAAGGGUCGCUAUGUCGACGUCAUGGCCCAAUAA